AUGCUCGAGUCCGCCGCCACCUCCCUAGCCUCCAUCCUCGUCCUCGGCACCGGCUUCGCCCUCGCAGCCUACACCUACCACAAAUCCUACAAGUACUUUGUCCUCAAAAAAAUGUCCAACGCCUUCGAACCCGGCGAUCCCGUCCUUGACCUAGCCGCCAUAGGCAAAGACCUCCCCCUCUCCAAAACUGCCGCGGCAACCCACUGGAUCGAGCGCCCCGAGCAGUCCAUCGUGGACGAAAUCGUCGCCGGCAAGGAGGUAGGCCACUACCACCUCUUCAUCGGAGAAAAAGGCACCGGCAAAUCCUCCAUGCUCCUCGAAGCGAUGCGCAAGAUCGACGGCGACGGCGUGGCCAUGUUUGAAGCCCACGCCGACCUCGAAAUCUUUCGCAUCCGCCUCGGCAAGGCACUAGACUAUGAAUUCCACGAAGAUUACAUGGGGAGUUACUUCUCCGAGCGCGGGCCCCGUGACACCACCGCCCUCCUCGACAUUGAACGCGCCCUCAACAAGGUUGAAAAAGUCGCGCUCAAAAGACGGGCAAGGGUGGGCAGGCCGUUGGUGAUUAUCAUUAACCAAAUGCACCUCAUCCGGGACGAUGAUGACGGGAAGGACCUGAUUGAACUGCUUCAGCAGCGGGCGGAGCAGUGGGCUGCGUCUAAUCUUGUUACUAUGGUCUUCAACAGCGACGACUACUGGGUUUAUGAGAGACUGAAGCAGCUUUCCACCAGGAUGGCCGUGCUGACGGUCCUUGACCUGCCCAAGCACCAGGCUAUUGCCGCGCUGAAAAACUACCGCAGGAGAUACUUUUCUGAGGUCCCGUCGAGCGAAAUCCUAGAGGAGAUUUACGACCGUGUCGGCGGGCGCCUCAACUUCCUCAACAGGGUGGCGAAAUCACAAGACAUGCUCGCUACCUGCGAGGAGAUCAAGCGAGUGGAAAAAACCUGGUUUUUGAACCAAUGCUGGAUUUUGGGCGAGGAGAUGGAUGACGACGUGAUGGACCAGCAGAAGUGGGCGGCUGCUGCAGUGGUUCUCGCCACUGCGCUUGUGGAUAAGGAGGAGGAGAUGGAGGAGACGUAUGAUCCCGCAAAGGGCCAUAUCCUGCCUAGCUACCCUCUCCAUAUCGCGCAGGAGAUCAUGACGAGGGCGGAUUUUGUCAGGGCGUUGGAUAGGUUGAAUCUGUUUAGCAUUACGAGCAAGGCCGAGGUGAGGGCGAGCAGUGUGCCGAUGCAUAUUGCGUUCAGGGAGAUUGUGGCGCAGCCCGGGUUUAGGGAGCAUUUGCAGGCUACUAUUGAUCGGAUUGCUGCUAUUGAGAGCUUGGGGCGCACGAGGGAGAUUGUGGCGAAGGAUCUGGUUUGGGGGGGCAAGUAUGAGAUUAAGAAGAGUUAUGGGGGGGUGGAGGUGUCGUUGAAGCAGGAGGGGAAGAAGAGGGAUGUUACUGUUGUUGAGGAGGAGGAUGAUGAUGAUGAUGGGAAGAGUGAUGACUAG